GCAAACAUUCCUGUUCGGCUGCGCCUGCCUGCCCACAAGGGCACAGAAUCAGACGAAAAACAGAAGAACUCUGGCCCGUGAAUUACAUUUGUACUGAACUGCACCCCUGUGAAGCUUCACAGGAAAUUUGACACACAUUUGUUUAUGAAAAUUGAAUACAGUCUUAUUACCUUUGAUGGAGUGUUGAGCUACUUUCCCAAAUCCUAGAUUACAGCAAGGACACUGUGCUGGACAAUAACUCCUCCCCUUCUCUCAAAUCCCCCUUUAUAAUCCCUGCAGAUAUCUGCCAGCAGCAUAAGGUGUGUUGUACUUGUUUGUAGGCCUACAUGGCACAGACUCUUGUGUCACACUAGUGUGAAAGUAUAACUUCUUUACAGGCUUAGCUGCGGGAAAGUGACAUGAACGUGCAUUUUAGCCGACCAUUCAGAAAACAAAAAACAGCCAUGCAUUAGGGCUAAAAUGGUUGAUGUUGUAUCACCACACACCAUGCCAUCGGAAAGUGAGGUUCUUGUGGCAAGGUGCUUUCUCACCAAGAUUUUGCAAAGCUCUAUGAGGAAGAAUCGCUUCAAAGGGAAGAAUGAUCAGAGCUCACGGCCUCAUUCCUGGCACUCCUCUAAGCUGACAGAGGAGGGGUCCGAGCCCCUUGGCAGAGAAACCACCCCAGUGUCGGUGUGGCAACAAAAAGAAGCAAGACUCAAAGAGUCACCCUGUCAAAAAGACCACAAUAACCAGCAUCUGCUAACUGGCCAUCUCAACUCAAUGAGCCACAUGGAGAAACUGGGGCAUCCUGCUCCUCCUUUCCCACCACAUCGUGGUUCCCUGACUAAAUACACGAGCAGCAGCGAGCCUCCCAGUGGUACAGAAAGCAAAAGAGACACAUUUAGCUGUUUCUCCAGUGGCUCCAACACUCUGGUUCUAGACUCAAGCUCACUUGGCAGGAAGGGAACCAGGAUGGAAAACAUUUUUUUCAAGGGUGUUCAGGAUGAAGGGCCCUUUACAGUGGCGCACCCAGAGUACUUGCAGACUCCUUGCCAGGAGGGGUUAUGGUUGGACGAGCAGAACUCCUCAUGGAUGUCAAGUAGAUUUAGGCCCAGCGUUGGUUCAGUGUGGAAGGUACCAGAAAAGAAGAAGCCCAAGUCUCCUCCACCUCCCUUAAGGCACAAUGACAGUUGUGUUGCCACAAGGGUGUUUCCAUACUCUGAGCGAUCUGAAAAAAAUCCAAACACUCAUCGCAGGUCAGUUGAAAAGCUGACUGAAGGGAAGAUAUCUCACCCAGAAAAAAACACCAAGUCCAGUUAUAGCGUCACCUCACUGUCAGACAAAGACUUUCUUCAUCCCAGCAGAGUAGGUGAACACAACGAACUACACCCAAACAAACAUUUUUCAUUGUCUAGCAAUGAUGUCAGACAAUCUCAGUACACCAACAGACCUUACCAUCCGAAACAGUACAGUGAUGAGAGCCCCUUGUAUCUCCAGACAAGCCUAGCUCCUCACAUUCAGAGUGUUGGAAGUUACUAUCGCAGUUUACAGGAUCUGCCAAUGAAGGCCUCCAGCGGUAAAUUGGUCUGUUGUUCUUCAGCCUCCAGGGCUCCCACAAACCUAGAAAAUGACACUUACACUGGUCCGGUAAACAAAAAAGGAAACCAUCAGAUGGCCCACACAGAAAAUAUAGGGCACAAUGGUCUUCUGAAAAAUGUCCUUCUGCUUGACGCCCAAAGCUCUGAAUGCUCUCACUACCGUGACCCAGAGGAGGCCACAGAGAAAAAUGAAAGACAUACUAACAAACAAAGAAUUUUCCCAGCUCAUCAAAGUAGUAAUCACAAGAUAGGUCUUUCAAGGCUCCAUGACCCCUGGGUGCCACAAGAGCACCACCGAAUAUCCCCCUUAGAAACACCAAUGCUUCAUUCACUGACAAAUGAAAGUAGAAUUCAAAUGGGAGUUAAACCAACAAGUAUUGUGUCAUCCCAGAAUGUCUGCGACUCCAUGGUCGCCAGUGUUGGGAAAUCCAGUCGGCGUGGUGACCGUUAUGCCACUACACUACGGAAUGAAGUGCAGCAGAAGCGAGCUCAGCUGCAAAAAAGCUGUAGUGCUGCAACGCUGACUUGCGAUGUCCAGGAGGAGGACCCUGCAGAGUGGAAAUAUGCAGAGCCUUCUUCAUCAUGCAGCAUCUCCUCCUCAAAUACCUACAAAGACAAUCUGAAAGAGGUGCAGGCCAGGGUCCUACAGGCUACCUCUUUUCAGAGACGUGAUCUAGAACCCCUUGGAGCAGAGGCACCAGUGCUUAAAAACUCUAAUGAACGCAUUAGAGGACGUAAGCAUUUUCCCCUGGCCAAACGUAUGCAUUCCUUCUCAGAACCUGACAUGAUCGAUCUGGUAGGAGUGGACAGAGAGGAUCAAGAAAAAGCUUUUGACCAAAUGACCUUCUUUGAGCCCAAGCCAGCAUUUUCAAAACCAUGUAGGCCAGAUUCAACAUCCAACACAGAUUUAAAUCCAAGUGGAGGUAAGGAAAUUCAAACCAAAGUGAGAAGUAUGUCAGAGGAGGCUCAGGAGACUUAUCGGUCAGUAGAAACCAACUGUCUCAGCCCCCCAGGGGAGGAGGUCCUACUGGAGCAACAGAAGCUUGGAACCUUUGCUGAGUACCAAGCCACGUGGAACAAACAGAAGAGGACAUCUGAAGCCAAGAUUCAAGGCAGGUACUACUCAGCAGAAAACAUCUUGGAAACUGAAGCUGAGGAGAAGGCAGUGUCCUUUCAUGAGAGAUCCAGAUCUUCUCCCUCUGCAGAUUUCUGUACUCAGAAUAUUCCAUCCCUGUGGAGAGAUCCUCAAAAGAAGCAGAGCAAUGACCCUGCAAGAAACGAUUCUCCAGUCUCCAGCUUCACUGACCAGCAGCCUGGUCCAGAUGCUGUCAACCCAACCUUUGCAGUCUCCUCUGGUCCUUGUAGCCUGGGCCCUCUCCUUGGCUUCCAGCUCCCAGCCCAGCCUUUACAAGCCAAUGCUGUCUCACCAUCCAGGCCCCAUUUAGGCCCAGAAACAACUUGCUUGUCCCAGGAUUUCCUUUCAGCAAAACUUGCAAACCCAGUGAUGGUUCAUCCCCCGUCCAGUUUGGACACCACCACGAAGGGCCCGACCCCUCCUGGCUCUCCGCGCAGGAUGCCUCAAUCUGACAGGAGCACAGGAGAUGUAGAAAGCAAGAAGGAGCAGAUAGCAUCUUCCUUCUCUUCGUCUCAUCUUGCAAUGAAGCUCCCUCACUCUCCCUCGCCACAUAGUCACGCUUCGCGGCUGAUGGACAAACAGCUGGCUUUGUCCAUGCAGGAGGAUUCACCUCUUUGGUCUGAAAAUGACUCUAAGCUCUCAAAAACUGUGAUGAACGUUAACAGGUCAGGGAGAAAAGUUCUUGGGGUGGUCCCAACUAACCCAUCUCAGAGCUGCAAUACCUCUGGCAUCAUGAAACCAAGCGCCGACAUCAUCUCGGUGGAUGCCAGUGAGAUGUGGCCCUCCUCAGUAUUCAAUGUCUGCAGACAGCAGCCUACUAAGGACCUGGGACCUGAAUCGCAACAGUUCAGAGUCAAAGAUAGCAUUUCAGAGUCAAACCUAACAGGACAAGGAGACGCCAAGACAGAGCAACUGGUCAGGGACAUCUUGGUCAAAGAUAAAUCCCUGAUGGAGAUCUUACAUCAGAGUGGAAGGAAGACUACAAUGGAUUUGAUGGAGGGACUAUUUCUCCAAGAGAAACAGAUCUUGGAGGGGGUCCAGCAACGCAGGAGACCCUCCAGUGGUUCCAAGCUGCCCAGCACAAGCAGGAGAGAUGAGGAGGAUGUCUCUCCAGCAGAUUCGCUGGUUCCCAGCUCCUCCUACUACAACACAUCAGCUCCAAAAGCUGAGCUCCUCAUUAAGAUGAAGGACAUGCAGGAGCAAUUGCUGGAACAAGACUCUGAGGAUGAGGUGGAUGUGGACUUGGCCAGUAAAAAGCAGGAGCUGAUCUCAAGCCUGGCCAAGAAGCUGGAGGUGCUACGGGAGGCACGACGAAGCCUACAGGAGGAUGUAGAGGACAACGAGGCUUUGGGUAGCGAGGUGGAGACAACCGUGCAGCGCUUUUGCCUGGCCAACCAGCUGGACAAGUUCCGAAUGUUUGUGGGCGACUUGGACAAAGUCGUGAGCCUGCUGCUGUCACUGUCGGGUCGUUUGGCGCGGGUGGAGAAUGCGCUCAACGGUCUGGAAGAUGGAGCGCCCCCGGAGGAGAAGCGCACCCUGACUGAGAAGCGCAAACUGCUAAUGCAGCAGUAUGAGGAUGCCAAAGAGCUGAAGGACAACUUGGACCGACGGGAGCGUCUGGUGUCCACUAUAAUGGAGGCCCACUUGGACCCUGAACGCCUGGACGACUAUCGCCAUUUUGUCAAGAUGAAGUCCGCCCUCAUCAUCGAGCAGCGCAAACUUGAGGACAAAAUCAAUCUGGGUGAGGAGCAGCUUAAGUGCCUACUGGACAGUCUGCCACUACAGCAGAGGUCACAGUUUUAAUACCCCCGUCCUGGAACCAAACCCAACCCCAGAGUGCAAGAAGAAGCUCUUCACUGGCCUCUGGACUGGUUACACUCUUUUAACUGGUUACGCUGUCACUGGCUGUGUAUCCCAUGAAGGAUUUCUUUUGCACAUGAUGUGUCAUGCUGUUAUGCACGUACUGUAUAUGACAGUGCUCAAUAUUACUGAAUCAAUGCACUUCUAGUCCUAUGACUUCCAUCCAUCCAUCCAUUUUCUGAGCCGCUUCUCCUCACUAGGGUCGCGGGCGUGCUGGAGCCUAUCCCAGCUGUCAUCGGGCAGGAGGCGGGGUAGACCCUGAACUGGUUGCCAGCCAAUCGCAGGGCACAUAGAAACAAACAACCAUUCGCACUCACAGUCAUGCCUACGGGCAAUUGAGAGUCUCCAAUUAAUGCAUGUUUUUGGGAUAUGGGAGGAAACCGGAGUGCCCGGAGAAAACCCACGCAGGCACGGGGAGAACAUGCAAACUCCACACAGGCGGGGCCGGGAAUUGAACCCGGGUCCUCAGAACUGUGAGGCUGACGCUCUAACCAGUCAUCCACCGUGCCGCCAUCCUAUGACUUCAAUGGGAUUAUUGAUUUGAAUCUAUUUUGACAUUCAUCUCUCAAGAUGGAAGGCUGGAUUGAAAACACUGAAAAUUUUAAUAUUCCCCAAAAUCAUACUUUUCAUUUUGAUGGAUGCCGAUAGGAGAUAAAUGCCUGCUAAAUGAGAAAUGAUGCUUUGCAUCUCCUAGGUCAUUGAUGGUGUAAAUCAUAUCUAUAUGGCUGCAUCUAGCUGGGAAAGAAAGCCAGAAACUGGACACAAUUAUCUUUGUGAAUCGUGCAGCCAAAAUACACAGAAACAAAAAACAGGUUUAUUCUCCAUCGUCCAUGUCAGUACUGAUAUGCUUAUCUCCAAGUUGCAAAAUCACUGCCUGGGUUUGUAUUUGGUAUUUUGUUCUCAUUUGUUACAUAUUGUUUAAAAUCUCGGUGGAGACACAAUGCCACAAAAGAAAUUAUUAUUAUUUUUUUUUUUUUUGCUUUUGUAAUCCCUUAAAAUGCAUGAUGUUUGUUGUUUUCUAUUCAGUGGAAGACUUAAAACAUCUAGGUGGUUUCUACUGACAAACAGGUGUUUACUGAUGUGUGACACUGAUUUAAAAGUCUCCAACGGGAUACAGUAUCCCUUGCCUGGUGCUUAACCAGGAAUUGUACACAAUAUCUGUCCAUUGGCAUUGUUAAGCCACACCUCAUGUGCACCCUUUCACCGGGGCAAAUGCAAUAAAAGAUCAGGUGAUCACUUCUUUUUGUUUCCUGUUGUCCACUCCAUUUAGACUGAUUAAAUCAGGGGUGUACAUACUUUGUUCUCCA